AUGCAAUAUCAUAAUAGAACUGAUACCAAAGCUUUAGUCUAUACUCAUAAACGUGAAGAAAGAUACUUAGCUAGAGUUAGUAGUAAUUCUAACAUUUAUUUAUGGAUAUGUAAAAAGGGCCAUCAAUGGAAGCCAAGGCAAAGAAGAGCCUGUAAAGAAUAUAAAGCUAAGUUGGAGGAGGAAAACUACCAUCUUCGUAGUGAGUUGCAAAUAAAAAUUAAUACUAAUUGUCAGAAUAAGAAGCGUCUUGAGAAUACUUCAGAAGAAGAGAUAGCAGAGCAAAAUUCCAAAAUCUCCAGUCUAAAAAGUAAUAGUAUUUCAGAUUUUUUAGCAAAACUUAGAUUAUAUUUGCAAAAUCAAGGUGUAGAUCCAGCAGAUAAUGCGAGAGGUCUACCCACAGGAAGAGAAAUAGCUAUAGGAUAUUUGAGAGGAUGUAUAAGAGGAAGAGCCUUAGAAUGGUUUGACGAAGAAAUUACUACAAAACAGAAUUAG